AAAAUCAUCUGUCGUGUCUGGGCCCAUCAAAUCACGCAUCAUUUCUUUUACUCAAGACAGGCCCAAGUUACUCUCCGUCUUAUCCUUAUCUUACUAGAGCCUCUUCUUUAUACCUCGUCUAUUUCUUCUUCUUUUUCCCUGAUCCCCUUCUUCUUUCCUUUCAUUGCUUCAGUGCAAGAAAAAAAACCCAACAAACAGUAGUCAUCAUGUCUAAGACUGAUCAAAAAGCCUGCCUCAUCGUCAUUGACGGUUGGGGCAUUCCCUCUGCCGACAGCCCCAAAGAUGGCGAUGCCAUCACCAACGCCAAGACCCCCGUCAUGGACGCUCUUUACAAGGACUCUAAGGGUUACACUGAGCUCGAGGCCUCAUCGCUAGCGGUGGGACUUCCCGAGGGUCUCAUGGGUAACUCUGAGGUCGGACACUUGAACAUCGGUGCUGGUCGCGUUGUGUGGCAGGAUGUUGUCCGAAUUGACCAGACCAUCAAGAACGGCCAGCUGAGCCAGAACGAUGUUAUUAAGAAGACCUUCCAGAGCGCUGCUGCUGGAAACGGCCGACUACACCUCUGCGGUCUUGUCUCCCAUGGUGGUGUGCACGCCAAGCAAACCCACCUCUACGCCCUCCUCAAGGCCGCCAAGGAGUUUGGUGUGCCCAAGGUCUUCAUCCACUUCUUCGGUGAUGGCCGUGACACCGACCCCAAGUCCGGCGCUGGCUAUAUGCAGGAGCUUGUUGAUACUGCUAAGGAGAUUGGCAUCGGUGAGAUCGGUACCGUUGUUGGCCGAUACUUUGCCAUGGACCGCGACAAGCGCUGGGACCGCCUCGAGAUUGCCCUAAAGGGUCUUGUCCUUGGUGAGGGUGAGGCCUCUGAGGAUCCCGUUGCUACCGUCAAGGCUCGAUAUGAGCGCGGCGGUGAUCUUGAUAGGGAUGAGUUCCUCACUCCCAUCAUUGUUGGUGGCGAUGAACGCCGCAUCAAGGAUGACGAUACCGUCUUCUUCUUCAACUAUCGAUCCGACCGUGUCCGCCAGAUCACCCAACUUCUUGGCGAUGUUGAUCGAUCUCCUCUUCCCGACUUCCAGUACCCCAAGAUCAAGCCCCUUGUCACCAUGACUCAGUACAAGGUUGACUACCCCUUCGAGGUUGCUUUCAAGCCCCAGCAUAUGGGCAACGUCCUCGCCGAGUGGUUGGGCAAGCAGAACGUUGAGCAGGUCCACAUUGCUGAGACCGAGAAGUACGCUCACGUCACCUUUUUCUUCAACGGUGGUGUUGAGAAGGUCUUCCCUCUCGAGACCCGCGAUCAGUCCCAGGAUCUGGUCCCUUCCAACAAGUCCGUCGCUACCUACGAUCUUGCCCCUGAGAUGUCUGCAGAUGGUGUUGCCGACCAGGUCGUCAAGCGUCUGGGUGAGCAGAAGUUCCCCUUUGUCAUGAACAACUUUGCCCCUCCUGACAUGGUUGGUCACACUGGUGUCUACGAUGCUGCUGUCAUCGGUUGUGAGGCCACUGACAAGGCCAUUGGCAAGAUUCUCGAGGCCUGUAAGAAGGAGGGCUACGUCCUCUUUAUCACUGCCGAUCACGGCAACGCUGAGGAGAUGAAGUUCCCUGACGGCAAGCCCAAGACCAGCCACACCACAAACAAGGUGCCCCUUCUCAUGGCCAACUACCCCGAGGGCUGGAGCCUCAAGAAGACUGACGAGGGUGUCCUCGGUGAUGUUGCCCCUACCGUCCUUGCUGCCAUGGGUCUGCCUCAGCCCGAGGAGAUGACUGGCAAGUCUCUUCUCCAAAAAGCCUAAUAAUUAUGACCAUGAUGAAAAAAUUGUACCUAAAAUACAGAGUCCCUAGGGAUGGUGUAGCAGUAGUGGAUGUGGCAUUAGCGAUUUGUGGGUUGUUGGUUAUUGUUGCGCGUGAGUCGAUGCAAUGACUCUGGAGUUGAGGAUUGAAGGGUUAGAAGUUAUGCUGGAUUGUAUAGACAUAGAGUCGGAAGUCUAAAAAAGUAAAACGAUCAGCAAUAGAGACGAACAACAUUGUUUCUCAGA